AUGCUAGUAACAUUCAGUUCAAGAGCUACAUCCGAUAAUUUGAACCAAAAUAAUGCUAGCGAUUCAAGCACUAUGACUUCAAACGGGGAGGAAACUCAAGAUGAAAUGAUAACACCAAAACCAACUAAACUGAAUCCCCAAUUGAAAGAUCCAACUACUAAAAGGAAGGAAGAAGGACAGAGUAUAACAAUGAAAGCACGAUAUCACCAAAACAGCUUUCAAGUAUCUUUAACGCGCAAAAAUAGUACACAGGGAGGUUCAUUUGAUUCACAAAAUGGGGCCAAACAAUCAUCAAGCUCACUUUUGAUUAAAAGUCCUACUGAUUUCCAUAAAUUCAAAGAGAAUGGAAGGUCACGUUUAGGGUGUUUGACAUGCAAAAUACGAAAGAAGAAAUGUGAUGAAGUGCGACCAGUAUGUUCUGAUUGUAAACGGUUGCAUAAAAAAUGUUAUUAUGUCGAUCAGUCAACAAUGACUACGGAGGAAAUACGUAGUUUGAAACGCAAAGUUGAGCUUGAAGAAAGUAAUCACAAGUUAAGGCGAAGAAAGAAAUCAAAGUCCAAGGUAACGAAAGAGGAGCUGAAAGGGGCCGGUAACCCACAGCCGCAACUGCCUUUAGGUCACACCAGAGUUGAACUGACGAAUACCCUUGAUCUGGUAUCUCAUAUGUCACAUGGAAAGCCUGGUGUAUCCUAUGCUGAAAAUGUCGAUACAAACACCUCCAAGGGCAAUAUCAAUCUGAUUCAUCCAACUAUAAGCAACGAUAUUCACACAUUUGCUCUAUCGGAUAGAAACAAUUCUGCCAAUGUAUCAAACUUGAGAAGCACAGCUGGUCAGAACAUAGAAUUAUCAAACAACGAACAGGCUAACUUGGAAAAUGAAUUCGACCUACAUCAACCAUCAACACUAAGUUCACUGAUACCUCACCUGGCUGAUCCAUUCGAAGAUGUGCUUGGCUCAUUCAAGUAUCCUCAUCCAGUCGAUAAUGCAACUAUCGAGUCCCCUUCGGCAUUUUUGAGCCUACUUAGAGAAAUGAAUAAUACCACCACUUCAGAAAACAAGAUAGAAGAAAUUGAUGAUUCCAAAUUUGACGAAUUCAAACAUAUUGCUGCAGCUUCUCCUGAAGUAGCUCCUGAAAUUUAUGCCAUGAUUGAGUCUUUUGAUCAAGCACGAACUCAUGACCAUGUGGAACGGUCUUUAAUAACUUCCAGUCCUUCAUUCCCUGACUUUGUAUCUACCUUGAAUGCUCAUUUUAAUCCAUCACCUAACCCACAACCAAGUUUACUGUCUCUUCCAGAACUUGCCGACCCGUCAGUAUCAUACCUUUAUAAUUACUAUGUCGAGGUAAUCUCCAAGAAGGUGUCGGUGGCUCCAACAUCUCAAAACGAAUCCAACUCCUACCAAAAGAUUUUCCUCCCGUUAGCUCAAAAGGAUAAAGGUGUGUUGUAUAGCAUAUUAGCAUGGGCUGGGUUCCAAUUGGGUGGUAAAUGGGAAGCAGAUGCAACUAAUUUUGUCAAGAAAGCUAUGCAACAUUUCCACCAAAACAACAACAAUGAUAUGCAAUUGGUAUCAUCGUAUGGGGGGCUUGAAGGUGAUCGUAGCUCCAUAAUUAACAAAUUGGCAAUUUUAAUGAUCCUCGUCGGAGCAAACAUUUGUAAAGGUGAUGUGAAAAAUUGGAGUGUGUAUUUACGAUGGGGAUGGAAAUUACUUUCAUCUAAUGGUGGAAUCUUGCGGUUUAAUCAGUCAAAAGAGGAAAAUUGGUUAAUUUCGAAUUUUGCCUAUCAUGAUUUAUUGGCUAGUUCAACUAGCGAACGAGGUACUUAUUUCACUUCUCGUGAAUACAACAAGAUCUUUGAAGAUCAUGAUGUAUUUUUCCUUCUGGGUCAAUUAAAUCCAUUAUUGGGAAUUUCAAAAAAAAUGUUUACUAUUAUUGGUGAGAUCUCGACACUACUUUACGAGAGUAAGAAAUUAUUGCAUGAAUAUUAUUCACGAGGAGUUGAUAAUCAUCUCGAGCAGAGUAGGGAAUUCCUCAACGAGUAUCUACAUGGACUUGAUGAUGAAUCAAAGCUCAACGAAGAAAUUGAGGUGGAUGAAUUCUCCGAUGUUAGUGAUCACCACAAAGCUAAUCAAUUGUUAUCUAUAAUGAUAACAAAAGCAAAGGAUUUAGAACGGCAUAUUGAUGAAUCGAAACCUGAUAAAAGUGAUAUUUGCAACUUGACUGAUUCGGAUCUAGAAUUACAAUUGACAUUAUUUGAAGCAUUUCAGCUAAGUGCUAAAUUAUUCCUACGUGAAUCACUUCUUCGUUGUAAUCCAUCCCAUUUAGAAUCACAAAUGAUCAAUAACGAUUUGAUUAAAUGUUUGGAUAUCCUAAUUGGAACACCUGUACAAGCAUCACUUGUGUUUCCCUUUUUCAUUUCUGGAAUCCAUUGCGUUUCAAAACAUGAUCAAGAGUUGAUGUUGCAACGAGUCAAUUCAUUUAUUGAACAUUAUGGAAUGUUCAAUGCUAAUAGAGCAAGAGAAGUUAUGCAAAAGAUUUGGAAGGAAAACUGUAAUGGAGAUAAAGUAACUGACUGGCAUUCUAUGUUGAAUGAUUUAGGUUGGGAUUUGAAUUUUGCUUAG